GUCUGAUGCAUACCAUGUGUACAUGAGAGUUCUGGAAGAGAUCAACGUCAUUGUUCGCGCUAUCGAGUCUGGUUCAAUAGAUCCAACCGACCAAAUAAUGACCGACGCUGUGCCACACUGUCAUCCUUCUGGGUCUACUGGAAAUACUGGUCGUUCCAGGGGCGAAGGUUCUGCAUCAAAUGCUUGGGGUAUUGAUAUGUCCAAGCCAAACCUACACUACCGGGAUAAAGGAAAGAUGGCACACAGUAGUCAAGAGCAAAAUACCUUUAAGGUCGCCAAAAGUAACCGGACUAAGGAUCCACUGCCUAGAAAGGUUGACUGUCCCGAUGACAAACAUCAUACCAUGUAUCCCAACCUCGGGCCAUCACCUUGCAAAGGAUGUGGUGAGAUAUACAUGUCUAAAGUUCGACACCAUCUCAACCGGGUUACUCAUCGCGGCCGCCCAGGAGCUUGGCAGUGUUCCAACUGCAAGAAGGAUUUCGACGACCAACAUCUCUACAAUGCACACAUCAGUCCGAAGAGAUGUAGAUUUAAGCCUCAGUGUCGAGAUAUUGUCAGGGAAUGGGCUCGACUAUAUAUGUUACGCUAUCCUGGAGUUACCAGGAUUCCCAACCCCUGUAAGUCUACUAUUCUCCAUGAUGAAUUUGUUUUGCUGAUGGUUGCUUGAUAGAUUGUGGUGAGGAGGACUGGUUGCCGCAAACAAUAUGGGAAGAAUGCCAAGCCUUGUUACGCGAUACAUCGGCUUCUUUUUUAGACCAGCAAGCACAUACAGAGAGGGAGGCAGACCAUGGCAUAUCGCCUCCGACAGAUCCUAUU